GCGCGGGCGAGAGCGGCAAGUCCACCUUCCUCAAGCAGAUGCGCAUCAUCCACGGCCGCGAGUUCGACCAGAAGGCGCUGCUCGAGUUCCGAGACACCAUCUUCGACAACAUCCUCAAGGGCGAGUCCGUGAAGUACUUCCUGGACAACUUGGACCGCAUCGGCCAGCUGAGCUACCUUCCCAGCAAACAGGACAUCCUGCUGGCCCGCAAAGCCACCAAGGGCAUCGUGGAGCACGACUUCGUCCUCAAGAAGGUGCCCUUCAAGAUGGUGGACGUGGGCGGGCAGCGCUCCCAACGGCAGAAGUGGUUCCAGUGCUUCGACGGCAUCACGUCCAUCCUGUUCAUGGCGUCGUCCAGCGAGUUCGACCAGGUGCUGGUGGAGGACCGGCGCACCAACCGGCUGGCCGAGUCCAUGAACAUCUUCGAGACCAUCGUCAACAACAAGCUCUUCGCCAACGUCUCCAUCAUCCUCUUCCUCAACAAGACGGACCUGCUGGUGGAGAAGGUGCGGCGAGUCAGCAUCCAGAAGCACUUCCCUGACUUCCGGGGCGACCCCCACCGGCUGGACGACGUGCAGCGCUUCCUGGUGCAGAGCUUCGACCGCAAGCGGCGCAACCGCAGCAAGCCGCUCUUCCACCACUUCACCACGGCCAUCGACACGGAGAACAUCCGCUUCGUCUUCCACGCCGUGAAGGACACGGUGCUGCAGGAGAACCUCAGGGACAUCAUGCUGCAGUGA